AUGGACCGAAGCGACGAGUUCGACCUCGUAGUUGCCAAGCUGCGAGGAUUGACCCUGCGAAUCCCCAACCUGGAUCCGAUCUACGGGAGGUGGCGACAUGGCUUCAAUGUGCACUAUGACAGGUUGGUGCAGACCAUCAACAGUCACCUAGAGGCAUUGUUCCAGGACAAGACGUACAUCGAGGGCGUCAAGUCAAUGGACCUCGCCCAGUUUGUCUGUCUGGCGUACCCGUCGGCAGACUGGCCAAGGCUGCGUGUAAUGGGCCUCUACCUCGUCUGGCUGGUCCUAUUCGACGACGAGUUCGACCGGAAGAUCGAUCCAGACGUGGCCGACCAGGCUUCGGACCUCGCUUUCGCAAACAGAUAUCGUCAGGACAUGUAUUCGUACGUCGAGUCCAUCGUCGUCGGCCCGGCCGCCGUCGCAAGCCGCCGCAGCGGCAAAUACCAAGUCAACAAAGCCACGCCGCCCCCCAUCGGUGGCUUUUUCGCCGCGAUAGCGCCUCAUCUGCUCCGAGCAGCCUCAGAGGAUGUUGUCAACAUGCCGCGGCUGCUCCACGACUUGGAUUUCUUCAUGGGGUCUUCCAACGAAGAGCAGCAGCGCUUCAACAUCCAGCGAAAGUUCCCGACGCUGGAGCAGUACGAUGCCUUCCGGGCGGGCACCGGGGCUGUGGACGCAAUUUGCGACCUGCACCAGCAUAUUGCAAUACUUUCCAUUGCUGAUAAUCGAGACAGAUACGUGGCUGGCACCCGCCUCCCAGACGAUCUCGUCUGGGCCGAAGAAGUCAUGACGAUGCGGCGCGAAGUUAACGUGCAGACCUGCGUGUCAAAUGACUUGUUGUCUUUGAAGAAGGAGAUUGUAAGUUCCAUGUCGAACAUGACGCUGAUCAGUUUGGUCCCUAUCCAUGUAAACGCCAGAGGGACGUCGUUGGACGAGAUUGUCGACGAGCUGGUGCGGGAGAUGAAGCGGUCGGCGGCCAGCUUUGACGCCGCCGCCGAGGCUCUGCGGGAGAAAGCCAGGCAGUACGGCCAGGGGGUGGUCGACGAGACGAGCAGGUUCAUCGACGCGUUUGAGACCUUUCAGACGGGAUGCCUAGCCUUUUACGUCAAGAGCAGGCGCUUUGGUGUCGCAGAGUACCAGCUGCCCGACGGCUCUUUUGCCAUCCCGCUGUCGUGUGCCUAA